CGUGUCUUGCGCAGAAAUAAUCUGAGGAUGAAGGAGGUCUACAGGGUGCCAUUUGAACGCAAUUCAGACAGAGUCAAAGAAUUGCGAUAUAACGAUGUGCAAGUAAGUCAAUUCAAUUCAAUUCAUUUUAUUUUGUAUAGCCCAAAAUCGCAAAUUACAAAUUUGCCUCAGAGGGCUUUACAGUCUGUACACAUGCAACAUCCUCUGUCCCGAAACCCUCACAGUCAAGUCCUCAAGUCCUAUACAAUCCCACAAUUGAUGCAUACUCUCAUGUGGAGAUAUAGCAUGGCGAAUCCAGCCAUGAAAAGCAUCAACUGCUAAGAGAUAUUUCCCUGCUUGGCCAGGGAAAACAUUGCUUGUGAUGUGAAUGAGGUGCUGUGGAACAGAAGACAGGAUGCAACAUAGGUUUUUUUUUACUGUAACUGUAUACAGUACAGUAUGCACUGAAUGUGCAACUUUGUGUUGGUUGGGAUGUACACUGUGUGCAUUAUUUUUGUGGGGGAAAUAAAAUAUAUUUGUUACCGUGUAUUUGUGUGUUCUGAGUAUAAAAACAAUAUUCUAAAAUAUUUUACAACAAAGGUAUGUAUGUACUGUCUGUAGUAAGUGUAAAAAAAGGUCAAAGUCAUUACUGUAUGAUGAAUGGAGCAGUGUUUUCCAUUCAACAUAGUGUGUUACAUUGAGCACAUCAGUGUUCAACUGGUUCUUAUCAAAGUGUAUUCAUAUGAUGUUUUGUGUGUGUCAUUUAAAAACAAAAUACAAUUUUGAGAAGAAAUAACAUUGUUUUGAAUGUAAACUUUCAUUUUGCAGGAGUAGUGAGGGGUUUUUCCCAUUGGGUGUGUGUUUUUUGAUUUGUGUGUAGAGUUCUGAAAGUACAAGGCAUGCUUUAAGAAAAUGUGUGUAAACAAUCGAGAAAAACUGUAAAUUACUCAUAUUUUACCUUCCGGGUCCAGCAAUUUAAACCUCAAUUAAAAUAAUGAUAAUUCAAAUAUUUCCCAAAGAUUAUGUGUCAGAAACCUUGUGCUUGCUGACCACAAAUAGCAUUUAAAUACAUUUGGUAAGUAAUAGUUGUUCCUGCCAUGACAUAAUUCCACAACCGUUUACUGAGCCACCACGUACUCGUGACACACCAUGACUCAUAAUUGUGACUAACAAUUACCACAAUUCAUAUUGCCUUAUUUUUCCCGUGCAGGAAAACUCUACACUUAUCUCAUAGUUAUGUAACAUUACACAAGAAAUGGUGACGCAUCAGUUUCUCCUCCAAGGAAUGCGCUCCUCUCCAAUGACCGCCAGGGCGGCACCAGACGUCGCUUCCCCGCCUCGCGCCCCUCCCCAUUCCUCAGCAGGUGCAGGUGAUCCCCGCUGCGCGAGCUCCCGAGAAACUUUGCCAGUGGGUCCAGGUCACCGGUUGCCUCCUUUUCAUCCUGCUGGCACCGUGAAACCAUCCCCUGUUGUUUUUUGUUUUGUUUUUUCUUUUCUUUUCUUCUCCCCGUCAUGUAGAACGCGGGCUCAGAGGAUGAGAAGGGAUUCCCCGCACUUCCGCGCUGCUCCCGCACACCUUAUGGCUCGCAGUGAUUGACGGACGUAGCAUGGAGUUCCAGAAGAGGCUUUCUUCCUGCUGGGAGAGCUGUUUGAGAUGUUUUAAAAAGCCGGAAGAAACCCGCGGGGACGAGGGCGGGCCAGGCAUGGUUAUACCAAAUCCCGGAGUUCCUUCCUUUCCUAAAGAUGAACCUUUACCGUCCCGGAGUCCCGGCGUGUAUUACGUCGCCCAGUACAACUACUCGGCGCGCACCGAGGAGGACCUGAGCUUCCACGCGGGCGACACUUUGGAAGCCAUCGACAAAAGUCACGGCGAUUGGUGGUUGGCCAAAGCACUGACCGGGGUCUUCGCGUCCCGCCAGGGGUACAUCCCAGCCAACUAUGUGGCGCCCGUGGAGAGCAUCGACGCUGAAGGAUGGUAUUUUCCCGACACAAAGAGGCUGGAUGCCGAGAAGAUGCUGCUGGCAGAAGGGAAUCGGCAGGGCGCCUUCCUCAUCCGAAAUUGUGAAAGUCAGCAGGGGGAGCGCUCCCUUUCUGUGCUGGAUAGUGGGAGGGUGAAGCACUACAAGGUGAAGAAACUGGCGAACGGUCACUACUUCGUGUCAAGGAACCGAUCCUUUGCAACACUGAAGGAACUUGUGGAGCAUUACACCAAUAAUUCUGAUGGCCUCUGUGUGCGUCUCGGCGAGCCGUGCAAAAAGAUGGAGGCUCCACAGACUCACGGCCUCUCCUACAACACGGUGGACCACUGGGAGAUUGAACGCAAAUCCAUCAAGCUCAUGAGGAAGCUUGGAGCCGGUCAGUUUGGGGAAGUGUGGGAGGGCCGGUGGAACGAAACCACGUCGGUCGCGGUGAAGACCCUGAAACCGGGUACGAUGGAUGCGGAGGACUUCCUAAGAGAGGCUCAGCUCAUGAAGAAGCUGAGGCAUCCUAAGCUGAUCCAGCUGUAUGCAGUGUGUACCCUCGAGGAGCCCAUAUACAUCAUCACAGAGCUGAUGAACAACGGCAGCUUGCUGGAGUACCUCAAUAAGGAUAAGGGCGUCACGCUGGGUAUCUCCCAACAGAUUGAGAUGGCGGCCCAGGUGGCUGCGGGUAUGGCUUUCCUAGAGUUGCAGAACUACAUCCACAGAGACCUGGCAGCAAGGAACGUCCUGGUCGGCGAGAACAACAUCUGCAAAGUUGCUGACUUUGGCCUCGCCAGGGUCUUCAUGAAAGAGAAUGAAAAUGUGUAUGAAGCCAAAGAAGGAACCAAAUUCCCUGUGAAGUGGACCGCGCCAGAGGCCAUCCACGACAACAAGUUCACCAUCAAAUCAGACGUCUGGUCCUUUGGGAUUCUGCUGUACGAGAUCAUGACAUUUGGACAGAUGCCUUACCCAGCCAUGUCAAAUUACCAAGUUGUCCAGCGGGUCCCCCAGGGCUACAGGAUGCCAAUUCCCCCCAACUGUCCCACAGUCAUGUAUGACAUCAUGGUGGACUGCUGGAAGGAGAAAGAACAUGAUCGUCCCACAUUCGAGACCCUGCAGUGGAAGCUGGAGGACUUCUUUGACCAGGACGUGACCUCCUACGACGAUGCCAGCCGCUAUUAGCACAGCACAAAAAAAGUUUUAAAUCCAAUAUAUCCAAACACAACGUACAACAAUGUCUUUAUGGCGCAACAGAUUGAAAUGUGCUUUACAAUGCCACUCCUUUUUUCUGGUGACAUGAAGGAUAUCAAAAAUUGGACCGGUGAGUCUGAAUCUGCCGUG